AUGACAGCAUCAUUUGGUGAAACGGGAGAUGACGUAGUUACAGUCGACCCAUUCGCACAACCACAAAAUGCCACAUAUCAGAGCGAAAAUGAAAGCCACGACCAAGUCAAGAAAGAGAAGAGAGUUUCGUUUCUGACCUUGGGAGACGGUGACUUUACAUACUCGCUGGAUUUAGCUCGAUAUUUGGCGUCUACCAAGGACGAUCUGAAAUAUGUUCUCACGGCGACUGGAGUCGAUACUCGUGAAGAACUCAUAUCAAAGUACAAGGACACUCCAUUUGUUCUGAAACAACUUGCAAAUGCUGCUUCUGCAUCACCAUCAGACUCAGGUUCAGAAAAGGAUAACAAAUUGACUGUAGACAUUCGACAUGGAAUCAACGCCAUUGCGAUGCCAAAGAUCUUGGUCGAAAGGAACGACAAGGUUAAGCAUCAUCAUGACAAUGGCUCCGACAACAACAACACUUCCAAUAGUCCCAUCCCGCCGAAGUCACCUGAAUCACAAUCACCAUCAUCAAACACCACCAUAGGCCCAUUGGCUAUGAAAUCUGCCGACCAUGUGAUGUUUCAUCACCCACACUUGGCAACCGAAGAUGCUGUCUUGCACAGAAAAUUCCUAUGCCACCUCUUCCAUACAGUGAAUCGCAUUUGGCUCACGCCUUCUGCAAAAUCAUCUGGUUCCACCGGUGAUGAUGAGGAAAAAAUGGGACAUGGCAAUCCGUGCUUCUUUCAUUUGACUCUAGUCAAGGGACAAGCUGAACGAUGGAAGUGUGUGGAAACAGCUCAAAACCAAGGAUUUGAUUUGGUUUGGAGAGGUCCCUUUGUCCCACCACCUCCAUCAAUAUCUCUUGAUGCCGAAAACACGGGAGAAGGACCCCUUACCACAUACCAAUUGCGGCGGCAUCAAACAGGAAAAUCAUUUGCUUCUCGAAGACCAGAAUGGCAAAGUGAAAGUCUUGUCUUUGCGAGGCAAGGAAUGAAGAAGAUGAGUCAAAAAGGAGCGCCAAUCCUACCAUGGGACGUGUCCAAACCUAGCGAUAUGCCCAACGCAGUCGAAUUGAACCUUGCAUGUAGCAGUGACAAGAGCAAUAAUAAAAAACUACAAAAAGGAUCACUAUUGGCGUGCCCACACUGUGAAAAGGUCUUUCGGGAAGAACGAUCCCUCAAGUCUCAUUUGAAAGCCAAACAUACGGCACUGCUUCCACCAGAAGAAAGGAAUCACGGAAAGUGCAAGAAGAAGAAACGGAAACUAGCUGUCGUAUCAUCCGAAUCAUCGUCGACGGCCAUGGGCACCGCAGAUGCUUGGCAGUGUCCUCACCAGUGUAGGGGAAUGGAUGGUGAGGUUCGUACAUUUUGCAGCCAAGAAGCCUUGCAAAGCCACAUUGUUGCCAAGCAUGCAGGUAUUCAUCAGUCUAUCUCUCCAGACUGGAAACAACCAGCGGAGGCACAAUCCGAAGGAAAACAAGAUCCUCUGAGGAAUCAACACGAAGGCACGGACAACCCGUCGGUCGCUACUGAACCAGAAGUAUCAAUCAAAGUGUCAAAAGAGAUAGAGAUACAUGGUCAUUGCAAAGUUUGUGGAUGGCGCUUCGAAACAAAAGCCCAAGCACUGAAACACAUUGAUGAUUUUACCCCUCCUUCUACAGCGCUAUCCUUCCCAUGUCGCUUUUGCGAUAAAGUGUUUCGAGAGAAUCGAGCUCAGCUACAACACGAGAACUUUUGCGUCCACCGAAAUCCAAAGCACAAGGACGUUGUGACAAAAACAGCUACACUUGGAUAUUAG